GAGAGACCUUGUUGCCCUACUACACGGGGCUGGCCAUCGAUGGCAUCGUGGUGCAGAAGAGCAUGGACCGCUUCUCCACGGCAGUGCUGGUCAUGUCGCUGCUCGCCAUAGGAAGCUCAUUUGCCGCAGGUAUCCGGGGCGGCGUUUUUACGCUCAUAUUUGCAAGACUGAACAUUCGCCUUCGCAACCGCCUCUUCAGGUCACUGGUGUCUCAGGAGAUGAGUUUCUUUGAUGAGAAUCGCACAGGGGACAUCAUCUCCCGCCUGACAUCGGACACGACCAUCGUGAGUGACCUGGUCUCCCAGAACAUCAACAUCUUCCUGCGCAACGUGGUGAAGGCCACGGGGGUGAUCUUCUUCAUGUUCAGCCUCUCCUGGAAGCUCUCGCUCGUCACCUUCAUGGGCUUCCCCAUCAUCAUGCUGGUGUCUGAUGUCUAUGGGAAGUACUACAAGAAGCUCUCCAAGGAUGUGCAGAACGCCCUGGCCAAGGCCAACAACACCGCUGAGGAGACCAUCUCCGCCAUGAAGACCGUCCGCAGUUUUGCCAACGAGGAGGCGGAGGCGAACGUGUACUGGCAGAAGCUGCAGCAGGUGUACAAACUCAACAAGCGGGAGGCCAUGGCUUACACCUACUACGUCUGGUCCAGCGGGCUGACCCUCCUGGUCGUCCAGGUCAGCAUCCUUUACUACGGUGGGCACCUCGUGAUCUCAGGGCAAAUGACAAGCGGAAACCUGAUAUCCUUCAUCAUUUAUGAGUUCGUCUUAGGAGACUGCAUGGAGUCCGUUGGCUCCGUCUACAGCGGCCUGAUGCAGGGAGUGGGAGCUGCUGAGAAGGUGUUCGAGUUCAUUGACCGCAAGCCAACAAUGAUGAAUGAUGGGUCCCUGGCCCCAGACCAUGUGGAUGGGAAGGUGGAGUUCAGAAACGUGACGUUUUCCUACCGCACUCGCUCUGCAACGCAGGUCCUCCAGAAUGUGUCCUUCACCCUGCACCCCGGCAAAGUGACGGCACUGGUGGGUCCUUCGGGGAGUGGGAAGAGCUCCUGUGUCAACAUCCUGGAGAACUUCUACCCUCUGCAAGACGGGGAGGUGCUGCUGGACGGGCGUCCCAUUAACAUGUACGAUCACAAGUACCUGCACUCAGUGAUCUCCCUGGUGAGUCAAGAGCCGGUGCUGUUUGCCCGCUCUAUUGCAGAUAAUAUUUCUUACGGCUUAACUUCAGCCUCCUUCGAGUCGGUUGUUCAGGCUGCCCAGAAGGCCAACGCACACACCUUCAUCACGGAGUUACAAGAUGGCUACCACACAGAGGUGGGUGAAAAAGGAGCCCAGCUGUCAGGUGGCCAGAAACAAAGAGUGGCAAUUGCCAGGGCCUUGAUCCGAACCCCCCCCAUCCUAAUCCUGGAUGAAGCCACGAGCGCACUGGAUGCGGAGAGUGAACAUGCGAUUCAGCAGGCGAUUUACGGCGACUUGCAGAACCACACGGUGCUUGUCAUAGCUCACAGGCUGAGCACUGUGGAGAAGGCACACAACAUCAUUGUGCUGGACAAGGGCCGCGUGGUGCAGCAGGGCUCGCACAAGGAGCUGAUGGAAGAAGGCGGCCUUUAUUCCAAGCUGGUGCAGAGACAGAUCCUGGGGCUGGAGGGGGGCGGCGCGGACAGUCGCCAACCCGCAGCCCGGGGGGAUUCAGCGAAGGCGCCCGGUGGGCUGGAGGAAGAGUUCAGGAUAGACCAUUCCCUGCCGACCGUGGCACAGGACGAUUACAACAACACGGCUCACAAGUGA